AUGACCUCUCUGCAUUACGCCGCAUCGAUCCCGAGCCUCCGCCUCUUAAGCAAGUGCAAGAGCAUCGAUUCACUGCGGAAAGCUCACACGAUCUUAACUAGGAAUGGACUCAUGUCUGACAUCUCUCGUGCAACAAAGCUCCUGUUAUCACCAGAACAGAACAGAGAGAGUUUCGAAGUCGUAAAGUUUCAAGUUCUUCACUACCAAGUUGGGCAGAAGUAUGAGCCUCACUAUGAUUAUUUCUUAGAUGAGUUCAACACCAAGAACGGUGGACAACGUAUAGUUACUGUACUUAUGUACCUCUCGGAUGUUGAUGACGGUGGCGAGACAGUGUUCCCUGCUGCGAAAGGAAACAUUAGUGCAGUCCAAUGGUGGAACGAGCUAUCGAAAUGUGGGAAAGAAGGACUCUAUGUUCUACCAAAGAAGAGAGAUGCUUUACUUUUCUGGAACAUGAGGCAUGAUGCUUCUCUAGACCCUUCCAAUUUAAACGCUGAAGAGAUUCAACCACCACAAAAAAAAACUCGCUUUUUCUUUCACUUAAAAUGGAUGUCCAGUGGUGAAAGGAAACAAUUGGUCAUCACGAAAUGGUUCCACGUCCACGAGUUCAAAGUCUAA